AUGGCUUCACAGGAAGAUGUUUUUGACAAGAUAUCACGCUUCCUUGCAAAGCGAGAAGGUAUCGACAAGACGCUGAAGGUCCUCCGCUACUCGGCCCGGCUUGCGGUAGCCCUAAGUCCUAAGGACCAGGAACUGACGAAACGCUUGUCUUCCUUUGAAAAAAGCGUCGGCGUAUCCCGGAAAGCGUUCCGAUUGGGCAAGUUCCUCCAGGAUGUCAAUAGUCUGCGCCAUAGCAAAACGAAAGAUGCCACAAUUAUCCUGGAGCUGCUGGCGUACGGUGGCGAGGGUAUUUACUAUUUCAUUGAGCAAUUCACCUGGCUCGUCAAGACUGGAGCGCUGAACAAAGACCUCGAGGAACGCCUGGCUUAUGCAAGCGCGUUUGCGGAGCUUGUAGGCUACGCAGGAAACAUUUGGAUCUCGUAUUUAAAGCUGGAAAAGCUGAUCAAGCAGGAGAGCGAGCUUACAGAGCGGUUGCUGAAGCUACGGAAGGGCGUGACGGACGCCAAGUUGGAAAGCACGUUGGUGACACUGCGCUUCCAGAGGAACCUUCGGUGCGCACUUAUAGUCCAGGACAUCGCUGACUCCGUUAUGGCACUCAAUGACGUGACCGGUGGCCGGCACAGGGCCCUGAACAGCCCCGUCGUGCUUGCCCUUGCGGGCUUGACGUCCGGGUGCAUCAGCUUUUACAAGAACUGGAACCUAUGA